AUGACACGACCGAAUGUGAGAAAAUUACUCAUAACAAUCACAAUAUUCUUAUCAACUAAUGAAGCGAAAAUAUUAAGAAACAAUGCGCUCAUGACAAAAAUGGUCUCAAACUUCCACAGAGACAAUGACUUAUCGGAGCAAGAUACAGAAAAGCCUGAGCCCGUUUAUAUUCGAAUGCAAAACGUUCUUUGCAAGAAUUUUCCGACGAUUCCCUGCUCCAUGAUCACUCAAGAUAAAACAUUGAAGAAGCUCAUUGAAAAAUCAAUACAGCAAAUUAACAGCAAGAUUGUAUUACUAGAGAAAACCACGCCCUUUCCGAGCUACCUGACUCUGUUCCCGAUCGUCAACAACGAGGACCAGUCCAAUUUUGAUCAAGUCUUAUCAAGAUAUUCCCGAGAAAAGGCAAAAUCUCGAAAUAAUAAAAAACAUUGGGAACUGGUCAAAAUCGUAGAGAAAUCACACGAGAAACGUAAGAAAUUAAAAAACAAAACUAAACGUACGUCUGUUUACGGGAGGAAGAAACUGCGCAAGUUCUACCCCCACAAAGUCAAAUAUCGGGACAAGAUCAGAAACCCGAAAGGUGAUUUCGAGGAUAAUUCUGGAGAAAAGCUCUCAAUGUCGGUAGAAGUACCCGAUAUGGCUCUAACUAAAAAACAUCAGCAUUUUUCGUAUAAGUUGCAGCCAGUGGACCCGCCCGUGUGGAGGAUAGACUACAUGAAGCACGGGGAACCGAGCCUGAACAUGUUCGGUUACGAAAACGAUAAAUACAAAGGGAAAAUAAUGAAAACAGGACCAAACGUGGUCGUUGACAACGUCGUCGAGGGUAGGAAGGACGUCCUUCACCCAGAUGUUUACAUCAAGAAGAAUUUAGUGAGAAAAACUCAGGAUUCAGAUGGUGUAGAU